AUGCCCAGGAGAUUCCCCGACCUAAGCCCUAUAAUGGCCUAUGCUACUGCAUGCCUGCCUUACCUCGGUAUGUAUUGGUAUAUACCCUGCCUCGUGCCGCUUCGAACAGUGGGUGGCUACAAGGACCAGCCAGCUUUGCGGUCCGCUGGAGUCACGCUGGGCUUCCAGCAUGCAUUUUUACAGCAGCUGCCUCCUGUUUGCCUGGGCCAUCGUGCUGGCCUUUGUGGCUCGCGCGAACCCAAUUGUCCUUGGGCGCACGUUGCGCCGAGGUCGCUGGCGAUCCAGGGGCCAGUCUUGACCUCCAAAUGGUGCGAGGGCAGCGACUAUGUACAGGUUGUUGAGAUGGUUUUGCGCAAUACUGACAAUUUCAACGCGUUCAUCGCCGCCGACAAGCUUACCAUUACUGCCGUGUCCGAUUUUAACGACAUGGUCCAGCCCGCGUUGGUCAAGCGUAUUAUGCCAGGACAAGAGGUUGUGGUUUAG